GUUGUAAAUAAUAAUAAUUAAUUAAGAUAAGAUGAAUAGCUACAAACUCAUAAAAACGUAGUCAGACAAUAACACUAAUGGUGAAGAUGAAUCUACAAGACAUCUAAGUGAGUUAAUAGAUACUAAAAUAUCUUCAAUUAAAGUAGCACCUACUACUCCUAUUAAUUUUCUAAGCCUUAGAGAGAGAUUUGGGUAGAUUUCAGAUUAAUAUCCAUUGCCAAUUAAAUUCUAAUAAUUAUUAUAAACAAUGAGAAAUAUUGAAUAAACGUAUUGGAAAAAGAGAAAACCACUAACAUAUGAUAUCAAAACUAAUGCCAUUAAAAUAUUAUAAAUUGGAUAAUUGUUAAAACUUGAUAAAGAUUUAUAUGAGGUAAAGAUUGUAAAUAAAUCUAUUGAAUUGAUUUUUAAUCAUAUUCCUACAGAAAAUUUACCAUAAUUUUAGCCUUUUCAAAGCUAACUACCUCAAAUUUUUGAAAAAAGGAUUGCCUCAAUAAGAAAUAAAAUGGAUAAAUUAGUAUAAGAAAAACAUGAAGAUUAUUUGAAAUUGAUUGGAUAAGAGAGUUUUUUAGAGUAUUCUAAAGAGUUUAAGAUCUAUUAUCCAACCUUUGAUAUGAAUUUUGUAUAGGAUAUCUCACCAAUAUAAUUGCCAUUUCAAAUAUAUUCUGAUGAGCAGAGAGAUUAAAUUAAAUAAAUUGUUGAAAUAACUAUUAAGUAUUUCAAUUAAAGAUCUGUUUCAUUUGUUUACUAUAACAAUUUAAUAUAGCACUUACUUAAUAAAAUACCAAUGAAUAAAGAGAUAAUGGAGAAGUCAUUAAUGUUUUUGAUUAAAAUAUAGCCAGAUUUCCUAUAAAUAACAAAUGCAAAAAAAGAGCAAUAGAAAAAUAAAUGGAUUGUGUAAAUUAAUAAAUUGAGUACAGAAUAAAACCAGAUUGAAUCCUUGAAAACUUAUUUCUAUUGA